GCUCCUUCAACACGUCUACGCGCGCUGCCCAGGCUUACACUCAAACGCCUAUGGACGUCCCUUUCAUUUCUUCUGGAGCGUCCAGUCGGCGGCACUUUUCUCUCGUUCGUAACGUGGAGAACGCCCAAUCAGGACAGCAUGCCGACGAGUACAUAUUCGCUGAGGUCCGAUCCAUUCGAAGUCAAUUCAACGACCCGGGGCUGUCUUUGCGGAGUUGUAAAGAACUUCUGAUUGUACUGCUCUAUUGCUAUAACGCGGUGACGACUAGUACGCUAAAACAGGAGGCCUUAUAUUUUGCGAUUCCCCAUGCGAUUAACUUAGCUGAGGCAGCUUCCAAUGCCAAGGACAAGUGGAUCGGCUAUCUAUUUUGUUCCGAAAUUAUGCCUCCCAACCACGAGUUACAACUCAUGCUCGUAAACACCUUGCGCAAGGAUUUAGAAGGCUCUUCGCCCACGCGAAUAUGUCUUGCCUUGGACAACCUCAUAGCCUCGUCAACAGAAGACGUGAUCCCCGCUGUGCAAGCCCGACUUCAGGAUCUACUAGUUCAUUACUCACCUCAUAUUCGACGUAGAGCCCUACUGGCAUACAGGGCCUUGUCCAGACAUGAUACCGACCUCAUCAAGCGCAUCAUUCCCACUGUGAUGAAGAGAAUGAAAGAUCGUGACCCAUCUGUGUCGGGUUCCGCCAUUGCGAUAUCGACGUCAAUUCCUGAUAACCGUGACAUCCAGAAGCUAAUCAAUGAGCUUUUCUCCUCAGCAUCAACAAUCGGGCACCCUGAGUCGAGAUACUGGCUGCUCACAAUUAUUCGAACACUUCGAAAUUUAGGGAUGAAUGAUACCAGCCUGCCAAAUGUCAUUAGAUUAAUUCGAUCGGCUUCAACCAGCAAGGACUAUGGUCUGCUCCGCGAAGCUGCACUACUUCUCCGGGAGAUAAGAAAAGAGGCAUUUCUCAACAUCGCGAUGUCAUCCAGAAGAGCUCUGGUCGAGAGCAUCAGGGAGAUGCUCGUGUCCCGAGAACCGAACGAACAAUACCUCUUCCUAUCAUGUCUCGACUGUGUCGACCCCAUGUGGUGGGCAGGAACCUCACCUGAAUGUCCCGCCGUCUUAGAGGAAUGGGAAGUAGAGCGAUUCAUGCAGUUGCUUGACUCUGCUGAUCCGUUAAUUCGGCAAAAGGCCGUGAAAGUUCUUAACAACGUCGACCCUGAUGUCAUCUUGGCGUAUUAUGCUCAGUCUCUGCAGGCACUACCGGCAGAGAUGCCAUACAACAACAAGAUGGAAUUCACAUGGCGACUAUUAGAAGUGUUGCAGGUACAGUUCGGGGGUGACGGAGAGCGUUAUGCUUGCCAAGUCCUGGAACUCUUCAGGCGUGUCGAGUCGGUAGGUCCAUCGGACUCCCAACGUGUUCUAGAUGCUGCAGUUGAGAAAGUUCUGUCAUUUAUCAGGGACGGUAUCUCUAUGUUCCAGAUCGCAUCCUCCACCGUAUUUUUAGCCCGUCUUGCGGAAGGUGAAGACAUGGGCCCGACGAUGAUGGUCAUCGUUGCUGCCCUUGGAUGUGAAUACUGCGGGCAAUUGUCUCUGCCUCCAAAGGACCUUCUGAGUGCUUUGUCAUCGAGGCUAGCUUCCUCCGCUGCCUCCGUCCAAGACGCCUGUCUGCUCUCUAUGCUCAGGAUUAGUGCAGAAUGUGAAGCAGUACCCGAAGGGGUCAAACUGGCUGUGUCUGGGUUGGCUGAGACUGCUAGACGAUAUAUCCGACAUCGCUGCGAACAAUUUCUGAAGCUCUCGGCACAGAGAGACGUAUUAAUGUCGAUAUUGCACUCUGCUAGAUCACCCACCCUUCCUCAUGUUCUGCAGGCAUUGAUGCAACAAAGUUCAAAGUCGAGUCUGGCCUCUCCGCCAUUGUCACCUCGGAAGUCGUCUGCGAGUCUCUCCCCGAUUGCAUCUCCAUCUUUGGGAGCUAGCAAGCUACGGUAUGAUGCAUAUGAGAGGCCCACAUCCAUCCCUCGACUACGCGACCGCCAACCAUCCAGCACCCGUAGCGAAUCAACAUCCAAUCCCCUUCCCGCACUCUUGAAAACAGUCACCGCUGGGGAUCUCGCCUUAGCCGCGCAGGAGUUUGAGAUGAUGUCUUUGUCUUCACUACAACCAACAGACCACGGCGCACGGCCCGAUCUUAUUGCAUUCGACACACCGUUUAUCAGUGAUCCCAGUUCCGCUGACUUUGAAAUCACCUGGAACACCCUUGGCCCAUCCACUUCGGCACAAGGGUGGUUUGAGGGCUCAGUGGACGUCCUCCUGGAUCGCUUAAAAACCCUAGAGGGUUCUGAGAUGAAAGUCAUUCCGGCAGACGAGGUGAAGGUCUCGCUGAAGCCUUCCGAAGCGGUUCUUCGACUUCGCGCGAAUGAAGACGACGGUUGUUUAUGGCGGUUACGAUGUGGGGAUGCGCAGCUACGUAUACGCAUUAAGCGUGCUCUUGCAGAGUAAAAUCGCAUGUGCAGUUGGUUCCAUGAAAUCGCGCAGUAUCAUCC